AUGGGAAAUUCGAAUUCGUCUAAUAAUGAUCAAAAUAAUUGGAUGACAGUUACUCCUAAUGACGCUUCUAUGCCUAUGUUUGAACUAUCACUUCGGUCUGUAGUCGAAAGACGACCUAUUUUCCCUUCUAAAAUUUCAUUCAAUAAUGGUCAAUCAUCCAAUUUUAUGCUUCCAGCAGCGAUAGUACCGGAUUCUUCACAAAGCUUUGAUCAGAUACGCUACCAACCCUAUAAUACUAAUUAUUUUCCCAACGCAGUUCAUCGAGGAUAUGUACCCAAAAAUCAUUUAGCAGCUGUUACCAGUUUAGAAUCCAAUGAAUGGUAUUUUGGAGGAUUGAAACGUAUUGAAGCUGAACAUUAUCUUCAACUUCCGGGAAAUGAUAAUGGCUCUUUUUUGGUUCGAAUCAGUGAAUCUCAAUCCAGUGAAUAUUCUUUAUCAGUACGAGAAGAGAAUACUGUUAAGCAUGAUCGUAUUCGAACAAGAUAUUCACGAACUGAUCGUACAUUAAAACGUUUAUACAUUUCAAGACAACUGUCUUUUGUUAAUAUUCAACAGCUAGUCAAUCAUUAUUUAGAGAAUCAAUUUGGUUUAUGUUGUUGA